CAGUAAGUGAACUCCAUACCAGAGGGACGGGUGUUUGAUAAUAUUAUCGAGUUCGUGAAACCACGUGCAAUGGAUUCGGCGCCGGCGCACGAACUGAAAGUGAUUACCGGCGAACAGCUGACCACGAUUACUGAUGCUAAAGAACAAUUUACCAAAAAGCCGAAGAAUGACGCGGACGCGUUGGAUGCUGUGCUCAGCCAUAUUGGCGACAUGGGGCGGUACCAGAAAUUGCUCUUCAUCGUCAUGAUGCCCUUCGGUAUAUUCUUCGCCUUCGUCUACUUCGUGCAGAUGUUCAUAGCCGCCACACCACAGAACCACUGGUGUGCUAUACCUGAAUUGGCUCAUCUGGAUAUGGAAGUCAGACGCAACCUAUCAGCGCCAGGAGCCGCGUCAGGUAGCUGGGAGCGAUGCGUCACAUAUGAUGCGAACUGGACUCAAGUGCUGGAGACGAUGACCCCGCCCCCAGCAGACACGCCCACCAUACCUUGCCAACAUGGCUGGGACUUUGAACUCAGUGAUAUACCUUAUGCCACUGUUGUUAGCGAGAGAGGCUGGGUGUGUGAACACUCGCAGAACGUGCCAAUGGCUCAGGCUGUAUUCUUCGCUGGAGCCUUCAUGGGCGGCCUUAUCCUCGGGUGGCUAGCUGAUCAUUUUGGACGAGUACCCGCUGUCAUGGCUGCCAACAUAAUCGGCGGUAUUGGAGGCAUAGCUACAAUCUUCACGAAGGGAGUUUGGGACUUCACUCUCUGUCGAUUCUUGGUGGGGAUGUCCUUCGACAACGUGUUCAUGAUGGUUUAUAUCUUAGUGAUUGAAUACGUGGGAUCUCGGUACCGUACAGUUGUGGCCAACAUGUCUAUCGCGCUGUACUUCGGCAUGGGCUGCCUCUGCCUACCCUGGUUAGCUCUCUGGAUCGGCGAUUGGAGAAUGCUUCUCUGGGUCACCUCGCUGCCGAUGUUACUCGUCGUGUUCGCACCUUUUGUUCUACCAGAGAGUGUUAGAUGGUACGUGAGCCGCGGUCGCGUCAACCAGGCGGUGGAAGUCCUCAGAAAGUUCGAGAAAGUCAACGGCACUAAGGUCCCGGAUGAUGUGAUGGACGAAUUCAUUAUGGCGUCAAAUCAAACUAAGGAUAGUAAAGAGUCACUGCUGGUUCUCUUGAAGAGUGCUCCCCUCCGGCUAACGAUGACUCUAAUGCUGAUUGUCUACAUGAGCUGUUCUGUGAUCUUCGAUGGACUCGUGCGAAUGUCUGAUGCUUUUGGCCUCGAUUUCUUUAUCAGUUUCACUUUGACUUCAGCCACGGAGAUUCCUUCUGUUACUCUGUUGGCCCUCGUGCUUGAUAGGUGGGGUCGUAGAAAACUCACAGCUGGGCCAUUAGCUAUAGCAGCUAUACUUAUUGCAGUAGCUAUGGUAGUGCCAAAAGGUAUCCCCCAGGCGUCAAUGGCGAUAAUGGCGCGGUUCUUCAUGAACAUGUCGUACAACGCGGUGAUCCAGUGGGCCACGGAGUUGCUGCCCACUGCCGUGCGAGCUUCGGGUUCCGCCACGCUACAUAUGAGCGGCUACGUCAUUUCUAUACUCUCGCCGUAUAUAGUAUAUUCGGAAAGAAUAUGGACACUCUUACCACUGUUGAUCCUCUGUAUCAUAUCAGUAAUAGGGUCGGGUAUCAGUGCCAUACUGCCUGAGACUAAGGGCAGGCCCAUGCCACAGACGAUGGCGGACGGAGAGCGGCUCGUACAGGAACAAGCAUUAUGCGGAAAAGCAGUAGACGACGGCGAAGAAAUGGAAUGGAAGAAUGAAAAAGAAAAGGCUCUUAUUACGUAACGAUGUAAUUUCUAUUUGCGGGUUUUAUCGGAUCUAAUGUCAAUAGACAUUGCUCCAAGCAUUCUCAAGGGUAAUACCACUAAUGUACUUAAAGGUGCUUUCUUUUAGAAUACGUAGUUAAACUCUUAAUUAUUUGUAGGUAGACGAUUUUCAGAAUAUUUUUGUAAUUUUGAAAAUCGUGUGAUUAAGUAUAUAUGGUUUGCCUUUGACUGAUGUGGUGAUAGAUUGAAACCAAUUGUUAAAAGUGAUACGAAAAUGUUAUGUAGUUAUGUAUGGACAAAAAUGUAGGCAGAAGUUGCAUUUUAAAAGCAAAUUAAACAUUAUAAGUAAGGUGAGUUUUGUACAGAUAUCAAAAUGGUGCAUGAUGAAGUUAGACCAGG